CGGCGUCGGAGGAAUGCGGGCGACAAACGGAGCGCGGAAUCUGUGAAACGGGACCCACACAGACCACCGUGGCGCGUGUGCCGCACUUGCUCUAUGUGGGAGUCCCAACACCGACUUCGGGGAUGCGGUCGCCGCCCGGUCUCGCUUCCUCCGCUACCCAAGAAAAGAAUACGACCACCGGGAGAAGCAACCGCGAGGCUCUCCCCCCGCACUCCCCGCCACACAAAUCGAAUCCGCCCCUGCCGUCGAUCCAGCGGUCGAGGGUGGGCGAGCGGAUCCACGCGGUCGACAGAUAUGCCGCACCACCAUGCCUACAACCGCUUGGGGAGCGGCGGCGCAGGCGGUGGGGGGACGCCGUCGCCUCCGGCGUCGCCGCGGAGGUCGCCGAGGACCCAGCGGAGGGGCGGUAAGGCGGGCGGGGCGAAGGGGGCCGCGAUGGGGGCGCCUCGGGCUAUCGCGCAGCGGAUGGCUUGGAUGCUACUCUCCCUCUUCCUCCGCCGGCAGGCUAUCUUCCUCUUCACGCCGCUCCUGUACGUCGCGGCCAUGCUCUUCUACAUGGGCACCGUGUCCCUCGAAAGCGUGCCCCACAUCAUCUCCCGCUCCGCCCCUGGCUCCGUCUACCGGAGCCCUAAGCUGUACGAGCGCCUCCGCAAUGACAUGGAUGCCGAUAACUCCUCCGACGGGUUAGCAACCGUGUGGAAGCACUCUUUCAAAGGUGGCGGCUGGCGGCCCUGUCUAGACACCUCUACUGAUGUUUUGCCUGAUUCUAAUGGUUACAUAUUUGUUGAGGCAAAUGGUGGCUUGAAUCAGCAACGGACAUCGAUAUGCAAUGCGGUUGCAGUGGCAGGAUAUCUGAAUGCGACACUUGUUAUUCCUAAAUUUCACUAUCACAGCAUUUGGAAAGAUCCUAGCAAAUUCAGUGAGAUCUAUGAUGAGGAUCACUUUAUCAGUACUCUGAAAAAUGAGGUGCAUGUGGUCGACAAAAUUCCUGAAUUUAUAAUGGAACGCUUCGGUCACAACAUGAGCAACGUGUUUAACUUCAAGAUAAAAGCUUGGUCCUCCAUUCAGUACUAUAAGGAUGCUGUUCUUCCUAAACUGGCUGAGGAAAAGCUUAUCAGGAUAUCUCCUUUUGCAAACCGGCUGUCAUUUGAUGCCCCUUCUGCAGUUCAGCGCCUAAGGUGCUUGGCCAAUUUUAAAGCACUACGUUUUUCAAAUCCUAUAGCAACUUUGGCUGAAAAUUUGGUUUCUCGAAUGAAAGAGCGCAGUGUGGAUAAUAAUGGGAAAUAUAUUGCAGUGCAUCUGCGUUUCGAAGAGGAUAUGGUUGCCUUCUCCUGUUGCAUAUUUAAUGGUGGUGACGAAGAGAAACAGGAUAUGAAUGCCGCAAGAGAGAGAGGUUGGAGAGGAAAAUUUACUAAACGUGGCCGUGUCAUUCGACCUGGGGCAAUUAGGAUGAAUGGAAAAUGUCCGCUUACACCUUUAGAGGUUGGUCUGAUGCUCCGUGGCAUGGGUUUCAAUAAUAACACUGCAAUUUAUUUGGCUUCUGGGAAAAUAUACAAGGCUGAGAAGAAUAUGGUUCCCCUUCUUGAAAUGUUUCCUCUUCUACAAACUAAAGAAACACUGGCAUCAGCAGAGGAACUUGCCCCAUUUAAGAACUAUUCCUCUAGGAUGGCUGCAAUAGACUAUAGUGUCUGUCUUCACAGUGAAGUGUUUGUGACUACUCAAGGUGGAAACUUCCCUCAUUUUCUGAUUGGCCACAGGAGAUACUUGUAUGAUGGGCACUCUAAAACUAUAAAACCUGACAAGAGGAAGUUAGCAUUAUUGUUUGAUAAUCCAACUAUAGGGUGGAAGUCCUUGAAGCGCCAAUUGCUAAUCAUGCGAGCUCAAAGUGAUGCCAAGGGAAUAGAGAUGAAAAGACCAAAUGAAUCUAUAUACACUUACCCGUGUCCUCACUGUAUGUGCCGCUCUAACAGGACGGAAGUAUCAAGAUCUUCGUCAGCUCGAUAGUAUAGUCCAGAUAAUUUUGGUUAAACAUUUAUGGUGAUUCAACUGAUGUUGGAGCUGGUGCAUCAUUUGUUCUUUCAUUGGCCUCUUGCGAGACCACUAUUCUUUCCAAGCUUGCAGGCUCCAUGUAGACUGUAUAGUGGCUAUUCUUUACAACCUGAGAUUACGGCAUUUGUAUAGGCGUCUCGUGAGAGCACUCUUCUUUCCAAGGUUGCAGGCUUCAUUUAGACUGCAUAACAACUAUUCUUUUACAGCCUGGUGGGGUUCCUACUUUUUGUAUAUAGUUGAAGAGUUGAUUGAAGAAGGGAAUCCAAAAAAUUGUUAUCCAGGUGCUGACAUGCACUUUUAACUUGUAUUCACAACCUCUGCAUCUAUCUAGGCCUCGAAGCAAAGCGACCUGCAAAUUUUGGUGUUCGGUGUCAGCAGAAGGCUUCUAUAUUAGUCGAUUCUUUUCUACUUGAUAUCCAAAUGUUUGUAAAGACAUCAAAACUGGAGUCAUCAGCAUAUUAGUCUGCAUUCUUUUCACUUCUCUGUUGUAACAUGAACAAUUCUCUUUUAGGUGGAAGGGUGUCGUCCUUUUUAUCUGUCUGUAAUCACAAUGGUUAACCUUAGGAUCUUCGCCCCAUUCAAGGGUGAGAAGAAUAAAUCGUAUUGUCAUGUUUCAGGUUCUUCAAAA